AUGGCUUUCGUCACGCUGGCUGGCAUGCGGAGUGAUGGACAGGUGGCUCUCACGAGCCUCGGUGAGGACAGGCUGAUCCUCUGCUAUACAGACAGCGAACAUCGCAUUCGAGAGAUGUUUUACAACCACGGACAAUGGUCCGGCGGGCAGGCGGACAAAGCCGUCGUCCACGGGGAUCGACGCAGCCCUCUAGCCAUGCUCACCAUCAAGCUCACUCCUGAUGUGCGGGGGAUUCGUACCUACUACAUGAUUGGCGACCACGUGAAGGAGACGUGCUGCGACGGGACACCGGACCAGUUCGCCGAGGGCCGGCGGGAGUGGUUCGACGGCGCGCUGACCAUGAGCCGCGUGCAGGCGCCCAGCAGCUCGAAGCUCGCCUCCGUCAUCGGCCGGCUGCACGAGUCGGGCGACGGGCCCGGCGCCGAGGGGACGGGCCGGCUGCAGCACCUCGUCGUCUAUCAGGACACAAGCCUCGGCCUGCAGGCGCAGGUCAAGGUGGAACGCGGAGAGUGGAAUGCCGGCGGCCGCCUCCCCGUGCCGCCGUCGACGCACGUCGUCGACGGGACGGGCCUCGCGGCCGUCUGGAAGAAUGGCGCGGCGCACGUCUACUUCCAGUGCGAUGAUGGCUUCGUCUACGAGGCCUCCAGGACGGAUGGCGCGUGGAGCCUGAGCAAGCCGCUGUUCAAGGCCAAGGUCGGCACGCCCAUGGCUGCAGUCAUUCCGUCGUCCGGGACGAUUCACGUUUUCCACGCUAAUGACGCCAAUGUCCUCUCAUUCGCCUACAAGUCUUCCCAGGGCUGGGGUGUCGACGUGGGAAACUUGGCGUGGACGGUUCUCGAGGAUUCAUCGCUGGCGGUCGGCGUGGUUCUCCGCCAAGGGCAUAGGGAAGACUUUGAGAUCUUCUACGCGAGGGAGAGCGAUGGGCUUUCUUGGAAAGCGGUCAGCCCGGACAUGCGCUCGCUUUUUGGGGAGGCGCCCAAUCCUCAGUUCGUGAAUUACGCGAGGGAAUACCUCCCCGUCCGCCGUUAA